AGUUUGCUGCACUAUAAAUAGGUGUCGCUGCUGGACCGUGAAAUUCCUUCAGACAUGCGCGUGCCUACAUCCGGGUCCCGGCACGUACGCGGGAAAUGGCAGCUGAAUGGUAAACAAUCUCUAGGUAACUUUUCUUUAGUAUGAGACGACAACCCGGCCCUGCUGCGGACAACACACGGGAACAGUCGUCACGGGGCGGGCGCAAACGCACCAGGAGCAGCCAGGACUCGGAGUCCGACAGUGAUUCGGAGUCGUCUUUAUCGGAAACUAGCGAGACAACCCCAGAACCAACUGGUAUCUUCUCCUCCAUCAAGAGCCUCAUCUGGAGCACACCCAAGAUGUUUGCUUUCUGGGGGAAGGAGUCAUCGGGUGAUGCUAGCUCCCCUCCGCGAAAGCGGCGUAAGGAAGUUGUGGACGCCGACAGUACGAUCAUCUCCUCUACUCCCGUUGGCGGGGUGAAGACUCGCGCCGGGAAGCAGGGCAAGCGUGGGAAGGCGGCAAAGAGGGGGAGGGGCGGGCGACCCGCCAGAAACGUAGCAGCUAAGUCGCAGGCGGCAGAUACGGAGCCGGAUGAAGAGGGCUCUGAAGCUAAGGGUAAAGAAGUAGUGACCAGAGCCCAGGCCAGAGCUAACCCAGACGCCACUCCAAAGAGAACAACACUUCUUGGGACCCUCUUCUCGCCAGUCUUCUCAUUCUUUGGGCAAAACAGUGCAAAUAAGGAGAACACAGACGAGGCCAACAAGGCUGAGCUGGACCAGGUGGCAGAGGUCGUCUCCACGACAACAGAUGAUGACCCCCAGGAGGGGUCAACUGGAGCAGUUGGUUACCAGGAUGAGAACCAGCCCUGCGAGGUUCCCGCGCCCAUCUGUCCGCAGACGGAGGACCGGUACCAGUACGUGUCUCCGGAGGAGGGCGCAGACUACGUCAUGGACGAUGAGUGGGAAACCUUCGAUCCGUACUACUUCAUCAAACACCUCCCCCCCCUGACUGAGGAGAUGAGACAGAGACAACCCGCACUGCCGCUCAAGACUCGCAGCACACCAGAGUUCUCACUGGUGCUGGAUCUGGAUGAGACCCUUGUCCACUGCAGCUUGAAUGAGCUAGAAGACGCUAACCUGACUUUUCCUGUGCUCUUCCAAGACGUCACGUACCAGGUGUAUGUGAGAACAAGGCCGUACUACCGAGAAUUCCUGGAGAGAAUGUCCAAGUUAUACGAGAUCAUCCUCUUCACAGCCUCCAAGAAGGUUUAUGCAGACAAACUCAUGAACAUUCUAGAUCCCAAGAAGGAGCUAGUUAGGCACCGGUUAUUCCGUGAGCACUGUGUUUGUGUACAAGGCAACUACAUCAAGGACCUGACUAUACUGGGGCGAGACCUCACCAAGACCAUCAUCAUAGACAACUCACCACAGGCGUUCGGCUAUCAGUUGGAUAACGGCAUCCCCAUAGAGAGCUGGUUCAUGGACAAGAACGACGUGGAGCUGAAGAAACUCAUCCCCUUCCUCGAAACUGUCGCUAAAUCUGGGUCUGACGUCCGCCCUGUGCUGCAAGGCAAAUACCGUCUGCACGAGUUCCUGCCACCAGACUAAAGCUGGCACCACGUUCACACGCACAGAUUACAACCCUGACAACCUACGCUCGGCACAUCUGCAAAAAUCCACCUUGCCCACCCCUAUAAUAUAGUCCAACGUUCCAGUGUCUUGUAUGCGUAUGUUGGGUGGAGGACUGUUGGACUUCAGAAUAGGGGUGUGAGGGGUGGGUGGAUACAAGGAAUAUGCUAAUGAAUAGUGCAUCAGUUUUGGUAGGAAAAGGCAGCAAUAGUGUUGUUGUUAGCUGUGUUAGGAUUUUUUUCUUUCCUCGUUGACACGUCUUGCUAACUGAGGGAGCUGACUUUUUCGCUGCCCGUGUUUCGCUUUAACCGCCCCGUUUUCAGACAGCAAAUUCAACCAUUCAGUGGGUUAUUCCAAUGUCUGUUUCUUUUUGUCCCUUUUGAAACUCCAUUGUACAGAAAUGCCCCUCAAUUUAGCCCAUCCUUUUUGUGAAUUCUGUAUUUGCCAGAUUUUAAAAUGUCUCUCAAUUUCGUUCCGAUGGAUGUUUUUUGCUGUUCAGCAACAGCACAGUGUAGCCUUUUGUUAUGGUAUUGUUUGAACAUCUGAGAUUUCAAAUUCAUAACCUCUUUGAACACAGCGUUGCUGUAAUUUUACAUUCAUCAAAUAGUUUUUGCUGUCUGAAAACACUUUUAAAUGAUUUUUCAACUGUCCCGUGUGUUGAAUACGAUGAAAACUGCUCUGUGGCAAUGUUGAAAGUAGAUGUUAUUUGGCAAAGACGUCCCCUGUUAAUGUUGUCCACCCACCUUUUACUGUGUUGAGAUAUGCCUACUUUGAAAUGAUUUUACCCGAAAGGUUUCCAUCUUUUAGAAAUUCAAUAUUCUUCAAGGUUUUAUUAAUAAUUUUUUGUUGAGUAAGAAUAACUUGUAAAUUUGUCUUGUAGGUCGAAUGUGUAGUGAUUUUUAUCAAUAAUUUGUUUUAUUUCAGUGUGGUCAAUGGAAAGUUAAAUUUAGUUUUUGGAACCAUACUAUUUUAGUGUUCUUUUUAGAAAUUGUUAUCAAUUCUGUCUUGCUCUU